GAGAGAGAGAGAGAGAGAGUUUUGCUGGUCAGGAUUCGACUUUGUGGGCGUAGCAUCACCCAAAUUAUAGUUAUAUAGCGUGAUGUCGCGAGUAGCCAGUGAAAUCAAACCCACCGAGGAAGAAGAAGAUGCCAAGCGGCGUAGCCAUUAAGUUCUCAAUCGCAUUCCUCUCUUUUCUUUUCGGAAAAUUCUAUAUACCGAUUCGUCCAAGGAAUGGCUACGGACGCCAAGAAUUGGGAUUGACUAUGACGAGGGCUUGCAUGCGAGUAACCAUAGCAUGGAUGAACUGCCAGGGGCGUUGGGAACCAGCGCCAGCUUAGCUCUGCGGUUGGGUCAGGCUGUCUUCUCCUCUGCCUCCCUUAUCUUCAUGUGCUUGGACGUUGAUUUUUACAGCUAUACUUCCUUCUGCUAUUUGGUGAUAGUCAUGGGUUUGGCAAUUCCCUGGAGCCUGACGCUGCUGGUAGUGGAUGCAUAUUCUGUCUUCAUUAGAUGUUUACCUCGUCAACCAAGAAUAAUAUUGGUCAUCAUUCUCGGAGAUUUGGUUUUGUCGUUUCUCUUGCUAGCCGCUGCGUCUUCCACAGCUAGUGUCACAGAUCUCCUGCAUGAUGCCGGAAGAUCCUACUGCUCUGCAAACUUAUGUGGUAGAUAUCAGAUGUCUGCCGCAAUGGCAUUCUUGUGUUGGUCCCUUUCAUUUGCGUCAUCUCUCUUCAAUCUUUGGCUUCUUCCUUCUUUAUGAAAUUCUGAGCGGCAGUUGAAAUUUGUACAGAUGAAAUGGGCAAAUAUCAAGAAAGUCAUGUUUGCCAAAAUUUAAUUUUGUUCAAGGGUAGUAUUUCUUAUUCUUAGAAAGAGCAAAUGUUUUAUAAUUGAAUUAUUUUCAAUUGAGAUAUAAAGCCAAAUAAAUUAAGGUGUUUCAGACCC